AUAUCUAGUAUAUUUUAUAUAUAUUUUUUUAUAUAUUAUAUAUCUAUUUUUAAUACUUUUCCCUGCCUAGCAGGAGCACAGACUGCUGCUCCGGGCGCCCUGUGCUGCCCUGACCUGUGCCUUUGCUCAGUCCCCGCAGAGUUUGGCGCCCGGGUGUACCAAGGAGUGCGAGUGAAGCACACGGUCAAGGACCUGCUGGCUGAAAAGCGCUCCCGGCAGGGCAGCGGCUCCCGCUGCAGCGGCAGCACCAGCACAGCACAGUCGCCCUUCAGCCAAAUGCCAGGCUCGCCCACCACGGCUGGUUACUACGGCGGCCGCAGAUCCUUCCCGGCCGAGCUGGAUUUCCACAGCAGCAAGCAGUUUGUCAGCGAUGUCUACCCCUCCCCUCUGGGCUCCAAACCCUUCUCCUGUGACCCCUCUGCCUCCCAGGGCUACCCAGCCCUCCUGGAGCCCUAUCUCAGCGAGCAUUUCGGGGAUCACCGUGCUCCUCCUCCUCUCCCAGCUGCCACCAGCUCCUUCUUCAGCACCGCGGCCGUGCCCCCUCUCCUGCCAUCCUUCCCCAGCGACACGGGGCACCUCCUGCUCAGAGAGGCCUGGGAGCAGACCUCACCCGAGAGCCUCGGCCAGCCGGACAGUGCCUGCCCAGAGCCGCUGCAGCCGCUCCCUGCCAGCUCCAGCUGCCUCUCCCUGCCCGACCCCGGAGCUGCUUCCCCGUUCCGAGGCUCAGGCUGGACCCCAGGCCUCCCUGGAGCCCAGCCCUACCCUCUGCACCCCUUUGAAGAUGCCCACUACUCGCCCAGCUACGCCGCCACCUCGCCCUACGGCUUGUCCCCGUUGGUGGCCAGCGAGCCCUCCAGGAUGAGCCACCCGUGCUCCCAGCAGCCCCCAGAGCCACCACACCUUCCCGAGCACUCUGCCUGGCCUAAAGAGGAUGGAAGUGCCCUCUGGGGGACUUAUGAAGGCAGGAGAACUUACUGA